UAGAAGUGCUGAGGCUGGGACCGCCGCCAUUUUGAAUGUCUGGUCCGUUCCUCCUUCCGUCGAUUGAGAAGAUUGCACUUGUUUUCUGGUAUCGUAACGGCUGAGGAUGCCAGCUCCGAUCAGACUGCGGGAGCUGAUCCGGACAAUCCGGACGGCCCGAACCCAGGCGGAGGAGCGAGAGAUGAUCCAGAAAGAGUGUGCUGCCAUUAGGUCCUCCUUUAGAGAAGAGGACAACACGUACCGCUGUAGAAAUGUGGCUAAGCUGCUUUAUAUGCACAUGUUGGGGUACCCAGCACACUUUGGCCAGCUGGAGUGCCUGAAACUGAUUGCAUCACAGAAGUUCACAGACAAACGGAUAGGAUACCUGGGAGCCAUGCUGCUCCUGGAUGAGAGGCAGGACGUCCAUCUCUUAAUGACAAACUGCAUCAAAAAUGACUUAAACCACAGUACACAGUAUGUGCAGGGACUGGCCUUGUGCACCCUGGGCUGCAUGGGCUCAUCUGAAAUGUGCCGUGACUUAGCUGGAGAAGUGGAGAAACUCCUCAAAACGUCAAACUCCUAUCUGAGGAAAAAGGCAGCACUGUGUGCGGUUCACGUCAUCCGUAAAGUCCCAGAGCUGAUGGAGAUGUUCCUGCCAGCAACAAAAAACCUGCUCAGCGAGAAAAAUCAUGGAGUUCUCCACACAUCUGUUGUUCUGCUCACUGAAAUGUGUGAGCGAAGUCCUGACAUGCUCUCUCACUUCAGGAAGCUGGUUCCACAACUUGUAAGAAUCCUGAAGAAUCUGAUCAUGUCAGGCUACUCCCCUGAGCAUGAUGUGUCCGGCAUCAGUGACCCUUUCCUGCAGGUGCGUAUAUUGAGGCUACUGAGAAUUCUGGGAAAGGGUGAUGAUGAUUCUAGUGAAGCUAUGAAUGACAUUCUUGCACAGGUUGCAACGAACACAGAGACGAGUAAAAAUGUAGGCAAUGCUAUCCUCUACGAAACUGUUCUUACUAUUAUGGACAUCAAAUCAGAGAGUGGACUAAGGGUUUUAGCAAUUAACAUUCUGGGACGUUUUCUUCUCAACAAUGACAAAAACAUCAGAUAUGUGGCAUUGACAUCUCUACUGAAGACUGUGCAGACUGACCACAAUGCUGUGCAGAGACAUCGAAGCACUAUUGUGGACUGCUUGAAAGACCUUGAUGUGUCCAUUAAAAGGCGUGCAAUGGAGCUGAGCUUUGCCCUGGUCAACGGCAACAACAUUCGGGGCAUGAUGAAAGAACUUCUGUAUUUCCUGGACUCCUGUGACCCUGAUUUCAAAGCAGACUGCGCAUCAGGGAUCUUUCUGGCUGCUGAGAAGUAUGCGCCCUCCAAAAGAUGGCACAUAGACACUAUUAUGAGGGUUUUGACAACGGCAGGGAGUUAUGUCCGGGAUGACUCUGUGCCCAACCUCAUUCAGCUCAUUACAAAUAGUGUAGAGAUGCAUGCCUACACUGUACAGAGACUCUACAAAGCCCUCCUGGAUGACAUCUCUCAGCAACCUCUAGUACAGGUGGCAUCCUGGUGCAUAGGAGAAUAUGGAGACCUUUUGGUCUCAGGCCAGUGUGAGGAAGAGGAACCUAUUCAGGUUUCUGAAGAUGAGGUCCUGGAUGUUUUAGAAGGUCUCCUCGUUUCUAACUUGUCCACCCCUGUAACGAGAGGUUAUUCCCUGACUGCUAUCAUGAAGCUAUCCACCCGUUUCAGCAGUGUGAAUCGAAUCAAAAAAGUGGUGUCAAUAUAUGGCAGCAGCAUAGACGUGGAGCUGCAGCAGAGAGCUGUGGAAUAUAAUGCACUUUUCAAGAAAUAUGAUCACAUGAGACCUGCAUUACUAGAGCGAAUGCCUAUCAUGGAGAAAACAGCCACUAACGGCCCAGCAGAGAUUGUGCAGACCAAUGGGGAAACAGAAUCAACCAUACUGGACACAAAACACCUGCCCAGCAUCACUCAACCAGCCAGUCAGGCAAAUGAUUUAUUAGAUCUACUUGGAGGUAAUGAUGUGGUCCCUGUUAUCCAAACAACUGUUCCCACGAAGCCUGCAUCAGCUGGAGGAGAACUGCUGGAUCUGCUGGGCGACCUUUCUCUGACAGGUGGUCCAACCCCCACCCCUGCUCCCUCUGUUCCCAUGUCCCAGCCCCCUUUCCUUUUGGAUGGUCUCUCUUCGCAGCCCCUUUUCAAUGACAUUGCAGCGGGCAUUCCGCCAAUGACAGCGUACAACAAAAAUGGUCUGAAAAUUGAGUUCACAUUCGAGAGGGCCAACCCCAAUCCCAAUAUUGCAGUUAUCACCAUCCACGCCACCAACUCCACCGAGGCUGACAUGACAGACUUUGUGUUCCAGGCUGCAGUACCAAAGACAUUCCAGCUGCAGCUUCUGUCCCCCAGCAGUAAUGUAGUUCCUGCAGUCAACCAGGGAAGCGUCACGCAGGUCAUCAGGGUUCUCAACCCACAAAAGCAACAGUUGCGAAUGCGGAUCAAGCUGACAUACACUCACAAAGGCUCUCCUGUACAAGACCUGGCCGAGGUCAACAAUUUCCCCCCUCAGUCCUGGCAGUGAUUUGCUACCCUUCUCAAUCUUAAAGACCCCCAGCAAGGGAACUAUGGGAAAGAUGUCCCCUCCCCAUUCCCAAAUGAUCCCCCGUGACAUCACCACAGAUCGCUGCCCUGGGGUUGCAUGGGAAGCAGUGGAAUCUUCCUGACACAGUCAAGAGUUGAUGGUAUGAAGACUAAUGAUGAUGACGAUUACAGCGACAAUGAUGAAGAAAAAUCACAAAUAUCUGAAUGCAUAUCUUUUCACCUGUUUUUUUUGCCCGUCUGUCCUUUCUCUCUGCUUCGGGAUUAGUGCAAAAUGUCCAUACUCAUACUUGCACUUAACGUUGUGCACUCUCACUUAUCCUCUCACUAUAGUGCACUCCUCCCACACUCCGGCUCACCCUGCCGCCCAGGGGCCCGUACACGGGGGAAAAAAGUCACUCGUGGCCACUAUACAAAGGAGCUGUUUGUUUGAUUUGUCUGUUUUGUUUGAAUUUUCCAUGUUUUUAAUCUUGUUAAUGGGUUUGGUUUAUUUUAAGGAGAAAAAAAACAAAAAACAUACUGAAUAAAUUGCAAAGUCUGAACAUUUGCACCUUAAGCAUUUCAGAAUCAAGAGGAAAAUGGGUUGUGAUGGCGCCUUAAAUUAUCGUUCAUUGUACAUGGCAUUUCUUAAUUUUCGUGUAAGGUUGAUCUAAUGUCCUAUAAUAAAGUAUACCCGAUGAA